AUGGAAAAGAACACAAAGGCAUCACGUCCUCCUCCAUAUGAAACAACCAUUAGCGCGCCCAGGAAGGCCAAAGAAGACGCAGUGCCCUACGAGACACUUUCUAUGCCUCAGCAUAUCAUGGAUAAGAUCCUGGCAAUGCACCCACAUGCGGAAAGAGUGCGACUUAUAAAGGAAUACACCGUCAGGAAAGGCCAGAUUAUAGAAGCCAGAGAGGCGGCCUUGACUCAGCAAGAUGGCGUGCUGGCGGAUGCGAUCAAGCGCGUAAAGAGCGACAUCAAUGAUGUUAAAGAGACAAUACAUCGUGCCCUAUGGGAUAUUGGGGCCAGAAGAAAGCAUUUCGUAAGGGGUUUCAUUGGGGCUACUUUCAAAUACGGCGACAUGAAGUCGGAAACGGCUGCGUUUCCAGAGCUGCUCGCUGCUGGCGAGGAGGAGGCACGUCGCAAGCCCUUCAUCUUCCAGUCCUCCAUCCCGACGCUCAGUUAUAAGAAAGCAAAUUAUUCCCUCUCGAACCAUGAGAGCAGUUCGUCACACCAUGAUGCGGGAUACAACGAGCAUUUCACACCGCUCGGACAACUUUUUAAUCACGUCUUGCAAACGCGCAGAGAUCACAGGCUCAAGUUUCGCGCGGAGCGAGUCUCAAGACCAGAUGCUUUGACUUGUCUUCCCAGAGCGCGCAGGGACCUGCGACCUGAUACUGUUCAGCGACUGAGUGCACUGUACAAUUUGCACCUUUUACGGAGGAUAGUCACAAAGCUUCGCCCACGACGUCAUGCGAACCCGGAAAGCGUUGGGGCAAAGGAUGCAGAAACCCCGAAUUGUUCUAUCCUCAAGGUCAAGAGCGACGCAGACAGGGAAGGAGCUAGUGCUGUGGGUGUGGUUUCACGCAAGUUGUUAAGCCGCAGCAAGGUCACACCAGACGAUGACGCUUCUCUCUGCAUUUUGCUUCGUCCAUCGUCUAGUCCUUAA